CCCGGAACGGAUCCUUCUCAGAAACUUACAUUACGUUGAGAUUCGCAUUCCUCUGUUCCAUAUAACGUUUAUCCUCUUCCUCCUCACCAACUGCUCCUUGUAGAUUCUCCAGGGGGGUUUCCUUUAUAUCGAGAUACGUGAGAAGUGUUUCUCUAGCCCUGUCUCUGAUCUUUACAUCACGUGGGAUCUGAUUUUUAGUUGCGGUAUUCACAAGUCUUUCCCAAUUUGGGGAUUUUUUUCCCGUGAUUUCUGCUUGUUUGUUUUUCCCAAUACUGAUGAUAAUAUAGUCAAUUGAAUUCGCUUGUAAACUACCAAGUAUGUCGAAAAGAAACCCAUUCUUGUUCAUCAUUAACAAUUGAUUAUUAGAAGAGAGUAUUUAAUCUUCCUGAGAUUCUCGGAUUUGCAUUUUCUUUUUCUUUUUGUAUUUUACAUAUAAAGUUAGAAACUUUGGGUUGAUAUAUCUUGAUUAUGAUCUUUAUAUCUUCUGGGUCGUUGCUAGAUGUAUUGUUUCGGUCUAAACUCUGCAUAUGAUCGUUUAAAGUGAUGUUGUAGGAUCUCAGCGGCUUAGAAUUAACAUAGUGGCUGUACUAAAUUGCAUUCAUAGAGGCUCUUGCAUUAGUUUCUAGUCUCUUGUAUGCAAGUGAGGAGCUUUAGGUGGCACUGAGUCAUUUUUUGAAUCUCAUUGAUGCAGUUUGUCUUUGACUUUGAGGUUUAUCUGGAAAGAAUGGAAGUUUGCGGGGACCUGAAUUCUGAUAACUUAAAGAACCGCCCUUUGACUCCGCUUAGGAUUCUGAGGGGUAUCAUCAUCUUACUGGUUUACCUGUCUACUGCUUUUAUGUUCCUCAUCUACUUUGCACCAGUAUUUGCUCUUGGUCUACGGCUUCUGAGUGUGCACCAAUCUAGGAAAGUUAUAUCGUUCAUCUUUGGUCACUGGUUAGCUCUGUGGCCUUAUCUGUUUGAAACGGUUAACGGGACAACCGUGGUGUUCUCUGGAGACAGCAUCCCAGUGGAGAAACGUGUUUUGCUAAUCGCAAAUCACAGGACUGAAGUGGAUUGGAUGUAUCUGUGGAAUAUAGCCUUGAGGAAAGGGUGUCUUGGCUACAUCAAAUACGUGCUCAAGAGCAGCUUGAUGAGAUUACCUAUCUUUGGAUGGGGGUUUCAUAUUCUAGAGUUUAUCCCAGUGGAGAGGAAGCGAGAGGUGGACGAACCUGUUAUGCUUGAAAUGCUUUCAACUUUUAAGGAUCCUCGAGAACCCUUGUGGCUUGCUCUAUUCCCAGAGGGAACCGAUUUCACUGAAGAGAAAUGCAAGAGAAGCCAAGAGUUUGCAAAGGAAGCUGGUCUUCCGGCAUUAUCAAAUGUACUUCUACCAAAAACAAGGGGUUUUGGCGUUUGCUUAGAAGCUCUACAUAACUCUUUGGAUGCUGUAUAUGAUUUGACCAUCGCAUAUAAGCCUCGCUGCCCAUCUUUCAUGGACAAUGUAUUCGGGACUGAUCCUUCAGAAGUCCAUAUCCACGUUCGGCGAGUUCCACUAAAUGAGAUUCCAGCAAACGAGGCAGAAUCAUCAGCUUGGUUAAUGGAUUCAUAUCAGUUGAAGGACAAACUGCUCUCCGAUUUCAGUGCUCAAGGGCAGUUCCCAAAUCAAAGACCAGAAGAAGAACUCUCUAUUCUCAAGUGCAUUGCAACUUUUUCAGUGGUAAUAUCUUUGACAGCACUAUUCAUUUAUCUGACCUUGUAUACACAUAGCAGUUUCAAAGUAUAUGUUGGUCUAAGUUUCACAUACUUAUCUUUUGCUACUUAUUACAAGUUCCGACCCUCGCCAUCUAUUGGCUGUUGUAGAGGAGAUUCUAGUAAAGAAGCAAAAACUCAUUAACUCUGUUGUACAUACAAUUUUUUUUUUUUUUUUGCGUACAAAGAAAUAAUAUCAAGGAUUUACAGGCAGAAAAGAUUAUUGGGCUGCCUUUU